AUUCUCGAGGCUUGUUGUCUUCUUCUUCCUCGAUAUUCAUAUAUAUAAACUCCUUUCAAGGUCGUCUCUUUCAAUUCACAAACCACAACACAACACAACAUCAAGAUCAAGAGUUAACUCAUAUAAACAAAAAAAUGGGAGCUUGUGUUUCACGUGAAUCUAUGAGAGGAGACUCGGCGAAGGUUAUACUGUUCGACGGGACUUUACAAGAGUUCUCAUCUCCGGUCAAAGUUUGGCAGAUCUUGCAGAAAUACCCGACGAGUUUCGUCUGCAACUCAGACGAAAUGGACUUCGACGACGCCGUUUCGGCUGUCUCCGGCAACGAGGAGCUCCGGUCGGGGCAGCUUUACUUCGUUUUGCCUCUGACGUGGCUCAAUCAUCCGCUAAGGGCGGAGGAAAUGGCAGCGUUGGCUGUUAAAGCGAGCUCGGCGUUGGCCAAGAGCGGCGGUGUCGGAUGGGUUUCCGUCGACGACAGUGACGUCGACGGUAAAGUUUAUCAGCCGAAAAACAUCGCCGGAGUGAAGACAAACGCCGGUGGCGGAAGAUGUUGUGGCAGAGGGAAGAGGAGAUUUACUCGGAACCUGAGCACCAUCGCCGAGUAGUGUCAAUUAGUCAUUUUGAGAAACCAAAAAAAA